CUGAUUCACCCGCCUUCAGGGGGUCUUGGAGCCGCACUCUAGAAUGAGUCAUUCAUGAUCAUAACAUAUCCUGGUAGAAAGACUCAUCGUCUAGCUCCUAGAGUCGUAGGUGUCUAUAAGACCUUCGGUGCGUAAGGCCAGACGCUGUCAUCACCUAGGUAUUUGCCAUUCUCAUUCUCGCAAAGGUGCUGCUACCUCGGCUCCUAAGACGGUCGGCUAGUUGGUGAUUGAAAAAAAAAAUUCGUUGCCUCCCUACAUCACUACAACACUCGUGUGCUAUGAUCUCGACGAGAAACGCCCCCGAGCGGGCCAACGACGGCCAUCAAGCUGUAACCAGAGCUGCCGAUAGUCAUGUCGUGCCGAAGCCGGUUCCCGACUCCCAGGCCAAGGACCCGCGAAGGUACCAGCUAGACCAGAUGAAGAGGCGCUACUCUCCCCAGCAGAGUACGUUGCAGGAUGGGACGACGAAUCUCACGUUCCAGCUCAAACCAUCGGAUCCAGACUUUCCUUUCGAGUUGGAUCAUCUGGAAUGCGAAGUCCAAGUGCCUGCGUCCUAUCCUGACCGGCCUCCUCGUCUCCGGGUCAAAAAUAAGGACAUCCCCCGUGGGUUCGCCGUAAAUAUAGAGGUGGGGUGGGAUAGGCUCGUCAACAAGAACCAGGACCAGACUCUGCUGGCCUUGACCAACGCCCUAGACAAGAAUCUCGAAGCAUUCCUCUCGGAGCAAAAAAGCGAGACCGUAACCUUGCUGUCUUUCAAAGACACCAGGCAUCUGGACCAUGCCGCUACUGUGCUCGGAGAAGCGCCUCCCCCAAAGGCGGAGACGCCGCCGCCACCGAAACCGGCUCCGGCUCCGGUACCUACCAGGCCAUACGUGCCAGAAGAGUCUUACACACGGGAGCAGACCGCUGCGGCGAGAGUGAGACGGGCACAGGAGGUUAGGCAACUCGAAUCUCGAAUGUCGCGGAUGCCGCACUACCAGAAGUCCACGGACGGGGUUAUCUACACGCUGCCACUGGAACCGAAACGACGAGCUGAGUUACCGCCCGAGCUGCAGCAGGUUCAGUCAGCCCAGCUCAUAAUCCCCCUGCUCUAUCCCCUGCAGUCGCUGAGGGUGUUGCUUAACAACGUCGAGUCAGAAGACGCCGAGGCGCUGGAGGAGCUCUUCGCGGAGAAGGCCGCCCAGCAGAAGCAGAUGAGCCUCACGAGCCAUCUGAAUUAUCUCGCCCAGAACAUGCACGUCAUGGCUAGGAAUGUUGCUGCGGCGGCAGAGGCGGCGAAGCAAAAGAAGGCAGAGACGGCUUCGCACCGUGCCGACGAGCCAGACGACGGUGGCGCCGGUGUCAAGGAGACGCCGUUGCCGCCGCCGCCGCCGCCGCGGCGCACGGCGGGCGACGACGAGAGAAGCCACGUCCACUUUAUCCCCCGCCCUCCGGAGUGGAGUUUCGGCAACGAUUCCGGGGAGUCGGAGUCAGAAUCGGAGGGGGAGGACGAGGAGGAGGACGACGAAGACGAAUCCUGGGACGACGACGGCGGAUCCGACGACGAAGGGGGCGCUACGGUGGGGGAUCUCAGCAGCGCGGCUACGCAGCAGGCGGAGAGGGGCACGGCGCUAUCGUUCCCGGCGGUCGAGCUGCGGGGCGUCGAGCUGCUGCAGGUAGCGGUGCUGAACCUCAGCGUGCGGUGCGCGCGGUGCCGGAUGCUCAACGACGCGACGGGGCUGCGGCCGGGGGUCGAGAGGGCGGGGAGCUGCCGGAAGUGCGGCGCCGCGUUCGCCACGCGCUUCCGCGCCGAGCUGGUGCACCGCAACUCGGCGCGGGCCGGCUUCGUCGACGUGUCCGGCUGCGCCGUCGCCGACAUGCUGCCGAGCACCUUCGUGCCCACGUGCGCGCGCUGCUCGACCGCGGGCCAGGGCCUGGUGUCGACGCGGGCCGAGGCCGUGACCAACGUGUGCCGCGAGUGCCACGCGCGGUUCACGUUCGCGAUCCGGGAGGUGAAGUUGCUGGCCAUCACGCGAGACGGCGGGGGGGACACGGCGUUGGCGGCAGCGGCGGCGGCAGCAGCAUCCUCAUCGGCGGCGGGGCGGCGGCAGCAGCAGCAGCACCCGGAGCGGCUGGCGGGCGUGCGGGCGGGCGAGCCGCUGCCGGGGCACGGCGCGUGCGCGCACUACCGGCGGUCGUACCGGUGGUUCCGGUUCGGGUGCUGCGGGCGGGCGUACGCGUGCGACCGGUGCCACGACGCGGCCGAGGACCACGCGCUGGCGGAGGCGGAGGGCGGCGCGCGGGCGGCGCGCAUGGUGUGCGGCUGGUGCGGCCGCGAGCAGCGCUACGCGCCCGAGGCGUGCGGCUUCUGCGGCCGCAGCGUCAUCGGCCGCCGCGGCUCCGGCUUCUGGGAGGGCGGCCGCGGCACCCGCGACAAGCUCCGCAUGAGCCGCAAGGACAAGCGCAAGUUCCGCCGCGUCGGCGGCGGCGAGGCGCGCAGGGCUAGGAAGGGCGAGGUGUGAGGUUUGGGGGGGGGGAUAGGGGGGUAGGGAGAUAGGGGAGGAUAGGAGGCAGGUGGUGCGUCUUCAAGUUGGAGGGUAUGGCGGUGCUAAAUUAUGCUAGACUACACCGGGAGACCGCGGCGGAGGAGGUUAGCAUACGGCUUGCCUUCUGAACCCGUCGUAGUAAUAUGCUGGCGACUCGCUCGCUGCACGCAUAUUGCAUCCGAUAGCAACACCACCGCCUCGCCCAUCCCACAAAGUUUCUUUUACGCGUAGAGGUAGUUAUAAGAAGUACGUCAAAAUGCGUAGUACCUCGCCUCGGCGGCGGCGGCGCUUGCUGGGUAGAGGGGUAGGGCUUCUUCACAUACAUACACACAAGACAACGUGCCAUAUAGCAACUACUCGGGGACUACGUCGACGAGUGUUGGUCUGGGGGUAUCUCGGGUGGUGAAGAAGUAGGGAGGCACGUAUUUUACAUUAUGCUACACUAGUUCGUACCUAUACCUAUAAGCAGCAGCAGGAAUAGCAGCAGCAGUAGUAUCCAACACCCCAAG